CAAAGUAGUGUGGAAGCUUAUUUUUGAGGUGAUCAACAGGUUAGUGUGUCAAGUUUUUUGCUGAACUUUUUCUCACUAUUUCGGAAUAUAGCUGCCUUAAGGGAUGGGAAAGACACCUGUGGUGAGCUUCCAGCGGUACCUGAGCGCCAGGUAGUGACACUGCAAAUGCAAUGCUGUCGCUUUACUGUCAACGGUGCAACCAUAUACAAUGAAGAAGAUAUUUAACUUCACAAAGAAAAAGAAAGGUUUUUCUCCAAACGCCUCCGACUCAGGGAGUGUUCUGUCCGUUGGUUAUGAUCUGAAAGACAAGGACCUCGGGAAGGUCCACAAGGCUGCUUCUGUGGGUGACUUGGCAAAGCUAAAGCAGCUUGCCAAGAAAAAUGAUAUCAAUCAACUUGACAAGGAGAACAGAACAGCACUUCACAUUGCUUGUGCCAAUGGACAUGCAGAGGUGGUCCAGUUCCUGGUUGAGAGCAAAGCAAAGCUCAACUUAUGCGACAAUCAAAACAGGUCCGCCUUGAUGAAGGCGGUGCAGAGCCAGCAGGACCGCUGCGUGGCUCCUCUGCUGGGGCACGAGGCUGAUCCUAACCUCCUGGACAUCAACGGGAACACGGCCCUGCACCUGGCCGCCUGCAUCCCUGCCAUCUCCACCGCCAGCCUGCUCCUGGAGCACAAGGCCAACAUCAACGCUCAGAACAAGGAAGGGUAUACCCCCUUGACCAUGGCAGUGAAAGAGAACCACAUAGAGAUGGCAGAGUUUCUCUUGAAGGAAGGUGCUAAUGUGAACACUGCAGAUCAGGGGCGAAGGUCGCCGUUGAUGAUAGCUGCAUGUAAUGGACAGAUCAGCAUGGUGCGCCUGCUCUUGCAGUGUGACGCAGACAUCACAGUGAAGGACACUAACGGGUGGUCGUCAGACGACUACGCAGUGAUGAAUGGACAUCAUGCUUGUUCCCAUCUCAUUAUUGAGCAUGGAACCAAGCGGAGGUCGAUGCCUUCCCCCUCACAUCUCGUCCCGAGCAAGAAGAAGCAGUCCUCCGUGAUGGGCAGCUCCUCACAAGGAGUGGAAGCGGGCUUUACGCUAGGAGGGCCGGCCACUGACAGAGAUGACACUGAGGACAAUUCACAAACAGAGUCUGUAAGUCGUGCAUCAAAAAGUGCUGCCGAUGACUGGCCUUCUUCAGAUGAAGACGAUGAUUCGGACUUAAGCCCAAAGAAACCUAACAAGCUGAACCUGAAAAAACUCAUGGGUAGCGCCAAGAAGAGAAGUAAUAGCGCAGAUCCUCCAGAGCCCUGGAGGAAGGCUGAGUGUGAGGGAGAGAGCCAGGACAGACAGGCCCAGAGCCACUCAUCCCUCCCCAAGGCUUUACCUCUUAGCAGCAGAAAUCCUCAGCACCUAAUAUCCCCCUCACCCAGCUCCUUUUCCAAACCUCCCCAGAUGACCUCUACCCCAGUCCUAAGCUCCAGAAAGGAGAAAGACUCAGAUGAGGAGGAAGGUGAUGAAGAAGAGGAGAGGGAAGAGGGAGAAUCCAAAGAGGUUGGGGAGGUUGUUAAAGGAAAGAUGAACCAUCAAACUGAAGAGGAUGAUUCCCUUACAGCCGGGAAUCAAACACCAGUCCCCAAAAGUGAUAACUCCAAAGAACAACAAAGAGAUUUCCUGUCUGAGUUGGGUCUGGAGAAGGGAGAAGAUGAAGAUGACUCCUGGGAUUCUGAGUCUUGUUCUGACAGUCCAAAGAAACCUCACAGGGAGGACCAGAGUUCCCUGACCAAGGCGCACAUCAUGUCCAGUAUUUCCGAGGAGGGCAAAGAAGACCGGUUAUACGUCCCCUCUUUCUCGAGGGGGUUAGGGAGCUAUAGGACGCCGUGUGUAGAGCAGUGGAGGAGUGGAGGAAGCCAGGGAGCGGUUUUAAAGAAUGACCCAGAGGAGGAGGAGGAGGAGGAUGAGGAGGAUGUUGCUGUUGGUAAUGGGAAUGACACUGCCAUCCCAGACAAGGAGAUAGGGAGGAUUAAAAGGGAACCACUGUCUUUUAUAAGCAAGCUGGAGUUAUCCAAAGGAGAUGCUGACAGAAAGACAGACAUUAUGGAUGAACUUGGGCUGGGUGAUGUGGAUGAUCUUGAAGAAUCUCCCAAAAAUCUAGCAGAUGCUUCCGACUGGGACACAGCCAGCACCACAAGCCGGAGAACCCUCCCUGGCCGCAGAGUGCCCUCCCCAGGAGCAGAGCAGCUGCCCGAGGCCUUCCCUGUCCCCCUGCCCGAGGCCCAGGAGCAGGACGCCCCUCCAGUACCCCCUCCAGGCCAGAGGAGCAGCCGCAACUCGGGCGGGAGAUCCUCUCCGGCAGACACCCCUCCACUGCCGAUCCCGCGCUCCUCCACGCCUCGCUCUCCUGGCCUGUCCCUGCCAUGUCCCCAGCCCCGGGUCAGGAAGACUCUGCCUCAGAGAGCUGAGAGUGAAGAAGACUCGGAUUGGGACUCCGACCAGGUGGCCUCUACCUCCAGCCUGCUCAAAGCUGCCGCACCUCUGCCAAAUAUUGCUGAAAGUGAAGGAGUGUUGAGCCCAGAGCAAGGUGUGCGUGAGCCGUCACCGGAAGAUCAGGAGAGAGAGAACAGCCCAGAGCUGGGGGAGGAGCUACCAGAGGAGGAGCCCCCAUUGGAGGAGCCGCUGUUGAGGGAGGAGUCUCCAGUGAGGGAAGGGUCCCCAUUGGAGGAGCCCCCAACAAGGAAGGAGUCACCAUUGGAGGAGCCCCAAUUGAGGGAGGAGUCCCCAUUGGAGGAGGACUUUCCAGAGGAGGAGCGACCAAUAGAGGGGCCACCAGAGGUGAGCCACGAGAGGAGGAGAAGCUCUCUGGAGGUGCAGAAGUCCAGCUCUCUGUGGGCUGCAGGACAACCAGGCCGACAGGCUGAGAGGGAACUGUUGGAGGAAGAGCCUGAAAGAGAGUCUAGAUCUUUAUAUGGAGCCGCUCAGAUGGAACAGAAACUCAAAGCUGGUGGCUGUGUUUCUCCGAGACUGGGGUCGAACAGUCCAAAGAGUGCCAUCAGGGCCCCCGAGGAGCCCCAGGCCCCCCUGCAGCAGCACCUCAGUGGCAGGGAGGAGAGGGGGGCUGUAGCUAGAGAGAGGACCCCGCGGGGGCCCCCCCCGGAGCGGGCCGGGGGGGCCCGACGGCGCAGAGCCCCCCCGGCACACACACACCUUAACGGAGACCCGCUGUCUGUGUUUGACGAUAGUACUGUCAGUGACGUGUCGGACGAUGACGGAAGGUCCCCGUCUGCUGGGAGCCGGAGAGACAAGAUUCAGCCUGCAGGUGAUAUGGAGAUGGCGGAGGACUUUGACGAGCUUACGCAGUCCUCUGACACGGGCACAGAAGACAUGGACACCCCUGCAUCAGGGUACCACCACGCGUCUCUGCUCAUCAAACAGCUGGACGCCACCUCGCUAGACUCUGUGAGCGUGGUGAAGCUGCAGAACAUGUUCCACGAGUACGAGAGGACCAUCCACCGGGAGAGGGGUCGCCACGCGCGCCUGGCUGACAAGCUGAGCCAGCUGGAGGGGGAGAGCGGGGAGCUGAGGGGGGCUCUGGAGGACGUCCGGGACCUCAAGUCUGGCCUGGAACACAAGCAGCUGGAGCUGGAGACAGACCUCAACAACCUCAAGUUCCAGCUGAAGCAGGAGACUGAGAAGCACAGGAACGCCUCCAUGCUGUAUGAGAAGACCCGGGUGCAGCUGGGCAGGAAGGAGGAGCAGCAGCGGGCUGAGGCCGAGGACAAGCAGACCCUGCAGCUCUCCCUCAGGAACCUGGAGCUGGACAUGAGGACGCUGGCCAACAACAACAAACAGUUGGAGGACGACCGCAGCGAUAUGCAGCGCCUGCUGGCCCAGGAGCGCAGCGCCCGCGCCCUGCAGGAGAGCCUGCUCAGCUCCCACCUCCGCAGGCAGCAGGAGGUGGAGGAGGAGAACCGCAGGAACGUCAGCAGGAGCAACGAGGCUCUGUCCCAGCUGACUGAGGCCAGCGACCGGGAGAGAGAGCUCCUGCAGCAGCUCUCCACCCUGCAGGAGGAGCUGGGGGGCCUGAGGGCGGAGCUGGAGCGCCGGCGCUCCCACAGCCUGCAGGAGGAGGCCCGGCUGGUGGAAGAGAGCGAGGGCCUCCGGGAGCGCCUGGAAGACGCUCGCCGCGACCUCAAGCUCAACGAGGAGGCCCUGGCGCAGACCAUGUACCAGUACAGCGGCCAGCUCAGCUCCCUGAAGGCCGAGCUGGCCGUGGCGGCGUCCCGGCUGGAGCAGGAGCGGCAGGCGCGCGAGCAGCUGGAGGCGCAGGCCGAGUCGGCCCGCGCCCGGCUGGCCGGGGCGCUGCAGGAGGCCGAGCUCUGCCAGGCGGGACGCGCCGAGGCGGAGAAGGCCCUGCAGAGGGAGAGGGACGAGAGACUACGCUCCCAGGACAAGAGGCAGGACGAGGCGGCCAGCCAGCGCGAAGCGGUCAGCGGCCUGUCCCAGAACCUGGCCAGGGCCGAGGGCAGGGCCAACAACCUGGAGAACGAGCUGCACCGCGUCACGCUGUCGCUCACCGAGAAGAGCCUGCUGCUGGAGGCCCUGAGCAGGGAGAAGGAGCAGGCCUGCGGGAGCCUCCGGAAGCUGGAGGGGGCCGUGCAGGCGGAGAGGGAGCAGGCCGGCCGGUCCGGGGCGCGCCAGGAAGCCACCCAGGAGAGGCUGGCCCAGGUGCAGAGCGAGGCCAUGCUGCUGAGGCAGCAGCUGGAGGAGGCCCACAACAAGGGGGAGGCCAAGGAGCGCGCCGUGACGGACGCCCAGGAGCGCUUCAGCGACAUCCUGGCCCAGCUGCGCUCGGACUGCGAGGAGCGCGUUCAGCUGGCGGAGGAGAGGAGCAAGGAGCUGGCGGGCAAAGCGGCGGACCUCCGAGAGCAGGUGUACAAGCUGGAGGAGGAGAGGAACGCCAGAGAGGCUGGAGUGAGGCAGCUACAGCAGGAGCUAGCAGACUCCCUGAAGAAGCUGUCGAUGAGCGAGGCCACCCUCGAGGUGAACACGCGCUACCGGAAUGACCUGGAGGACGAGAAGACACGACUGCUCAAGGACAUGGACAGGCUCAAGGCUAAGCUGGAGGAGAGUGAGGACCAGUACGUUCAGGCAGAGAGGCAGAUCAACGGGCUGAAGAGCAGUGUGGAUGAGAGGGAGAGAGACCUCAACACCUCCGCUCACAAACUCCAGGAGGCCGUGUCUGCCUCGGCGCGUUCAGACACAACCAUCCGCCAGCUGGAGGAGGCUGUGCAGAGGCUGGAGAUCGAGAACGCCAGGCUGGAGGCCACAGCCAAACAGCAGACCAACAAGAUAGAAGCCCUGCAGAAAGCUGCCCAGGAGGCUGUCGGGCCGUCUGACUCACAAGGAGGAGGGGUCAGGAAUCGUUUGGAGGAUCUGGUGACCAACCUGCAGGGCAGCAAGAUGAGUCUGGAGGAUCAGCUCAACCAUGAGGUGCAGAAGCAGAGCGUGCUGUCUCACACCGCCCAGGACUCCCACGCGCUCUGGGAGGAGGAGCUGAAGAGCCGCUCCAAGCUGGGCCUGAGGCUGGCCGAGCUGGAGAAGGAGAAGGGGGAGCUCAGCAGUCAGAUGGACAUGGAGAAGAAGAAGGUGAGGAAGAUUGCCGACCAGAAGAAGUGUGUGGACACCAGGCUGGACCAGGAGAUGAAGAGAAACACCGAGCUACAGAAAGAAAUGUACAGGUUGAGGACCCUGGUGAAGACCGCCAAGAAGAGGCUGAGGGAGCAGGAGGGGGCGGAGCUAGGCUCUCCUCUCACCAGUCCCAGGGGGGAGCCGGGGAGACACAGCCAAUCAGAGGCAGCCGUGGGCCGCAUGAAGGACAAGGUGGAGCAGCUCCAGAGCAGGCUGGAGAAGGAGGCGUCGCGCUGCAGCCAGCUGGAGCGGGUGAACGGGGAUCUGAAGGAGCAGCUGGCCUCCACGAGGGGUCUGGGCCGCAGCCACGAGAGGCUGGAGAGGAGCAAGCGUCAACUGGAGGAGGAGCUGGCCUCACUGCGCCGCCAGGCGGAGGCCGGGGCGCUGGACCAGAGCCAGGCCGACACGUACCGCCGCGACGCCGAGGAGAGAGCGCGCCAGGAGGUCCGGCAGAAACUGGAGGAGGUCAACCUCUUCCUGCAGACCCAGGCAGCCUCCCAGGAGGCCCUGGAGCAGAUGAAGGCAGCCAACGAGGCCAGCCUGCGCUCGCAGCUGGAGCAGCGGAUCCGGGAGCUGGAGGGGGACCUGGGGCGAGCCCGCUCCACCCAGCAGGACAGCCUGAGCCAGAGGGACUGCACCCGCGCAGAGCUGGAGCGCUACCGGGAGCUGUACAGCCAGGAGCUAAGCACACGCAAGGCCCUGGCGGCCAAGCUGGAGAGACUUCUCACCAGGUCAAAUGAGCGUCUGGCAGAAGCCAACACCAAGCUGCUUAGCGAGCGCCAACGCAGCAAGUCUCUCAUCGCCAACAGCAUCGUCAACGGCAGCCUGGGGGGGCCCUCGCUGGACGUGGGCUCCCUGGGCUCUGUGGGGGCCUACGGGGCCGGUCUGGGGCCCCUCAACAGGAGCCUGGGCCUGGGGGCCCCCCUCCUCAGCCCCCUGGGGGAUGGCAGCAGGGUGGAGGCCUACCUGGCUAAGAUGCAGAAAGAACUGGAGAGAAAUAUAUCAAAGGAAUUGGACCAUGCGGAGCUGGAGGGGAGUCCAGCCCGGGUGUCCCCCGUGGGCUCGGCCUCCGGCUCCACCAGGAGCCUGGGGGUGGAGCUGGACCCCGUCAGCAGGGCUACACAGCAGUACCUGGAGGUGCUGAAGAGGAACUACAUGAUCUGAGACGUGCUGGAGCCACCACGGCACUGGGGCCCCCUCACCAGGGCUGCUGGGGCCCCCUCACCACGGCUGCUGGGGCCCCCUCACCACGGCUGC